AUGGAGAACGAAGAUGGUUCUCCUCAUACAAUGUGGCCUGGCAAUUCACAUAAUACUCGUCUUCCUCAUUCUCAAUGGCUUCAGUCAACUUUAUCAGACUUGGAGCAGAAAGUGAAGAAGAUGAUGAACUCGAUAGAAGAUGAUGGUGAUACAUUUGCAAAAAGGGCGGAAAUGUUUUACAAAAAGAAACCUUCGCUCAUAGAAGCCAUGGAAGAUCUUCAAGGAUCAUAUAGAUCUUUGGCUGAAAACCACUACCAGUUAAUGAUAAGAUUGGAGAACUUACGUUCAUUUUAUAAGUUGAAUUCGGGUUCACCUAUCUCUGGAAACCCCAACCCAAUUCCACCUAAAUUUGAAGGUUUUGAUCAUGAUCAUGACAAUGACGAGGAUCAGAACUCUGAUUUGCCCUGUGAAGGUUGGGUUUCACUUGAAAGUAAAACUGAAAAGUCGAAGGUUGUUCAAAUGGAUGAUGAGUUUGAAAAGGGUUGGAGCGUUUUGAGUUUGAAUAUGAUGAAACUUGUUACAGAUAAUUUAGAGCAGCAAGCUGAGCUAGUGAAGAGGAAUGAUGAGAAGAGAGAAGCCAUUAACAAUUUGCGUUCACAUGUUAGUAAGCUUGCUGCUGAGAAUAUUGAAUUGCAGUGUAAAUUAGCUCAAACAAAUGCCAACAAAACGCAGAACCGAUCUCAACUGUCGAGGGCAAAAGAUGUCAUUUUGAAAAGAAUUAUGCCUGAGUCACGAUGUUAG